AUGAAAUCACAAACAAUAGAACUGAAACCAACGUCACUUCCUGUUGACGUCAUAGCUGAUAUUGACCCCGUGACUAAAUACGUACUACUUGUGCUCUACGUCAUCGUUAUAAGUUUAUCUGUAUUUGGUAAUUCGCUAGUGUUCUUGACGUUUUUGUUCAACCGACACAUGCGUUCAGUAGUUAAUAUAUUCAUUGUGUCGCUGGCUUUCAGUGAUUUUUUUGUCACUGUAACAUGUAUGCCUGUAAAUCUCGGUGGCAUUUUAACAAAAUAUUGGAUAUUUGGUGCCAUUUCGUGUAAAAUAGUUCCCUUUAUUGACAAUCUGACCGUCGCCUCGAGUUCUCUUACUCUAUGCUGCAUAGCUUUUGACAGGUACAAUGCCAUAGUCCAUCCAUUA